CUCAACCAGAACGUAAGUUCUUUCCAAAGAAAAUUUGUUGGUGAGGUGAAGAGAUGUGAAGAACUAGAGCGUAUAUUGGCUUAUUUGGUGCAGGAAAUUAAUAGAGCUGAUAUUCCCCUUCCCGAGGGAGAGGCCAGUCCUCCUGCACCUCCUCUUAAACAAGUUCUAGAAAUGCAGAAGCUAUGUAGGUGAUGGGUUGUUCCAAGUGGAUGGCAAACCGAAUUUCUUCUCCCUGAGUUCAGGGUCUCCGGGGCUGGGGAUGCAAUGUGAGCAUGCUGUGCGCUCCCUGUGGACUAUGAGUUGGGGUCUCAGUGUACUCAUCUGAUAGUGCAGCACACUGGGAAACAGACUGGAGCCCCUGACAGCCCUUCUGAAAUGAUGAGUACUGUGUCUCCAGGACCAUUCCAUUGCUGGCUGCUCUGUUUGUUCAUCUGGGAGGAAGUCAUUUAACGUUUGAUAUUUCUGCCUUUUUAAACCCCCUGGUUUUGGUGCUGAGAAAAGAUUGUUAAAACGACACCUGACCUAACCCACCCUCUCAAGGAGCUGCCAUCUUGUCUUAGGAGCAGCUGCAGAAGCUCGAGGUUGAACUGAGAGAAGUCACCAAGAACAAGGAGAAACUGAGGAAGAACUUGCUUGAGCUGAUUGAGUACACGCACAUGCUGAGGGUGACGAAGGCCUUUGUGAGGCGGAGCGUGGAGUUUGAACCUACUUAUGAAGAAUUCCUUCCCUUAGAGAAUGAUGCAUUAUUGGACUACAGCUGUAUGCAGAGGCUGGGAGCAAAACUGGGAUUUGUAUCUGGCCUAAUUAACCAAGGAAAAGUCGAAGCAUUUGAAAAAAUGUUGUGGAGGGUCUGCAAAGGGUACACCAUUGUGACCUAUGCAGAACUGGGUGAGCCCCUGGAAGACCCUGAAACAGGAGAAGUCAUAAAAUGGUAUGUGUUUUUAAUAUCCUUUUGGGGAGAGCAGAUUGGCCACAAGGUUAAGAAGAUAUGUGAUUGUUACCACUGCCACGUUUACCCCUACCCAAAUACUGCUGAGGAGCGAGCGGAGAUUCAGGAGGGGCUGAAUACCCGGAUUCAAGAUCUUUAUACUGUGCUCCACAAAACCGAGGAUUAUUUAAGGCAAGUGCUGUGUAAAGCUGCUGAAUCCGUCUACAGCCGCAUCAUCCAGGUGAAGAAGAUGAAGGCCAUUUACCACAUGCUGAACAUGUGCAGCUUCGAUGUGACAAACAAGUGCCUCAUCGCUGAGGUCUGGUGUCCUGAGGCUGAUCUACAUGACCUGCGCCAAGCGCUAGAGGAGGGGUCGAGACAGAGCAGUGCCACAAUCCCCUCAUUUAUGAACACAAUCCCAACAAAAGAAACACCCCCGACUCUAAUCCGCACCAACAAAUUCACCGAGGGAUUUCAGAACAUUGUGGAUGCCUAUGGAGUUGGGAGCUACAGAGAAGUGAACCCAGCUCUCUUCACCAUCAUCACUUUCCCCUUUCUAUUUGCCGUAAUGUUUGGAGACUUUGGACAUGGCUUUGUGAUGUUCUUGUUCGCCCUCUUGUUGGUGUUAAAUGAAAAUCAUCCCAGACUCAGUCAGUCCCAAGAGAUCAUACGGAUGUUUUUCAAUGGUCGGUACAUCCUCUUGCUGAUGGGGCUGUUCUCAGUAUACACAGGUCUCAUCUACAAUGACUGCUUCUCCAAGUCAGUCAACAUUUUCGGCUCUAGGUGGAAUGUGUCUGCCAUGUACAGUUCCAGUCACACCCCAGCAGAGCACAAGAAGAUGGUGCUUUGGAACGCCAGCACUGUCAGGCACAGCAGGGUUUUGCAAUUGGACCCCAGCAUCCCAGGAGUGUUCCAAGGCCCAUAUCCUCUUGGUAUUGAUCCUAUUUGGAACUUGGCCACAAAUCGUCUCACUUUUCUCAAUUCUUUCAAAAUGAAAAUGUCUGUGAUUUUAGGAAUUAGUCACAUGACUUUUGGAGUCAUUCUUGGGAUAUUUAACCACUUGCAUUUCAGGAAGAAGUUCACUAUUUAUUUGGUUUCCAUCCCAGAACUUCUCUUCAUGCUCUGCAUCUUUGGAUACCUUGUAUUUAUGAUUAUCUAUAAGUGGCUGGCUUACUCAGCAGAAACUUCCAGAGUUGCUCCUAGCAUUCUGAUUGAAUUUAUUAACAUGUUUUUAUUCCCGGCUAAUGAAACAAAUGGUCUUUACCAAGGGCAGGAGCAUGUCCAGAGACUGUUGCUGGUCAUCACAGCAUUGUCUGUCCCUGUUCUCUUUCUGGGAAAGCCACUCUUUCUGUUAUGGCUGCACAACGGCCGCAGCUGCUUUGGGGUGAGCCGGAGCGGUUACACACUUGUAAGGAAAGAUAGCAAGGAAGAAGUUUCUUUGCUGGGAAGCCAAGACAUCGAAGAGGGGAAUAACCCCAUGGAGGACGGAUGUAGAGAAGUGCCCUGUGAGGAGUUUAAUUUUGGAGAAGCAUUAAUGACCCAAGUGAUUCACUCCAUCGAGUACUGUCUAGGAUGCAUCUCCAAUACUGCUUCCUACCUGAGGCUCUGGGCUCUCAGCCUGGCUCAUGCACAGUUAUCUGAUGUCCUGUGGGCCAUGCUGAUGCGGGUGGGCCUCCGAGUAGACACAACUUAUGGAGUCUUGCUGCUGCUCCCGGUUAUUGCUCUCUUUGCAGUUUUGACAAUUUUCAUCCUUUUGAUCAUGGAAGGACUUUCUGCAUUCCUUCACGCCAUACGCCUCCAUUGGGUAGAAUUUCAGAACAAAUUCUACACUGGUGCAGGCACCAAAUUUGUUCCUUUCUCAUUCAGGCUACUUACAUCCAAGUUCAGUGAUGACAUGACAUGAUCGUACUGCUGUAUCCAACAAGCUUACAGAUUUAUGGAGGAUUAUCAUGUUAAUUGAAUUUCACUUAUGUCAAAUUUACAUAGGAAAAAUUCCAUCUUUAUUGAUUGCCUUAUGAUAUAGCCAAAUAAUUCUGUAAGAUAUACCUCUUCCUCAUAUGUUAAAUAUUUUAUAAAGCUUACCAACUUAAGAUGCAAAUUUGAGUUUUAAUGAUGAGCAAAUAAAAGCUACUGCCAAAA